UGGAGCCCCACUUCCUUCUUUUCCCUGCCCACGCUGGAGCCACUGGAGGGUGCCUUGUGGAGGCUGAAAGAAGCGGCCACAAACAAAAAUGGAGGAGUCAGACCCCAUGGCAACUGAAUCCAGGGGUAGACUGGAGAAUGGAGAAAGAGAAGCUGACUCUGUCCAGGCUGCGCCCAUGAAGAACUUCCCGAAAAGAGAUGUCCCACUGCAGGUCAAGAAGGAGACAGAGGAGUUAUGGGAGGCCCAAUUGCAGACGUUCCUGAAGACCAUGGAUCCCCCUCAUUCAGGAGCGAAUCCCCCACAAUUCCUUGAACCCAUGUUUGAAGAAGACACAAAGGAAUUCCAAACCUCCAUCAAUGAAAUAACCAACCAGUGGCCUAGAAGAGAGUGGGCUUCAGAACAUCUUCUCAGGGAAGCUAGUCAACCCAAUGGAGACCUAGAUUCUUCCAUGAAUAUGGAGAAGCUUGUGAGUGAGGAUGCUGUUAGUUCAGAGGUUCGACGCCAACGCUUUCGGCUCUUCUGCUAUGAGGCAGUCAAGGGUCCUCGCGAGGUGUGCAAGCAGCUCUGGAAUCUUGGUCAUCAGUGGCUGAAGCCCAAGAGAUGCUCCAAGGACCAGAUCCUGGAAGCCUUGAUCCUGGAGCAGUUUCUGACCGUGCUGCCCAGGGAAAUGCAGAGCUGGGUUAUGGAACGGAGCCCUGAUUUCUGCAGUCAGGCGGUGGGUAUGGCUGAGGACUUCCUGCAGAGGCUGGAGGAGCCAGAAAAAUGGGGGAAAGAGGUCAAGAAGGAGACAGAGGAGCAGUGCUGGGAAGCACAAUUGCAGAAGUUCCUGAAGACCAUGGAUCCCCCUCAUUCAGGAGCGAGUCCACCGCAAUUCCUUGAACCCAUGUUUGAAGAGGACACAAAGGAAAUCCAAGCCUCCAUCAAUGAAAUAACUAACCAGUGGCCUAGAAGAGAGUGGCCACCUAGGCCACCCUUGUGGGCUUCAGACGAUCUUAGGGAAGCCAGUCAACCUGAUGGAGGCCUAAAUUCCUCCAUGAAUAUGGAGAAGCUUGUGAGUGAGGAUGCUGUUAGUUCAGAGGUUCGACGUCAACGCUUUCGGCAAUUCUGCUAUGAGGCAGUCAAGGGGCCCCGCGAGGUGUGCAAGCAGCUCUGGAAACUUUGUCAUCAGUGGCUGAAGCCCGAGAGAUGCUCCAAGGACCAGAUCCUGGAAGUCUUGAUCCUGGAGCAGUUUCUGACUGUGCUGCCCAGGGAAAUGCAGAACUGGGUUAUGGAACAGAGUCCUGAGAACUGCAGUCAGGCGGUGGGUAUGGCUGAGGAUUUCCUCCAGAGGCUGGAGGAGCCGGAAAAAUGGGUGAAAGAGGAACCCAAGAUGGUCCUAGAGUCUUUUGCCAGCACCCCAAAGUCAGAACAGGAGCCACAUGAUCCCAUUCAGGCGCAGCUCUCUGUGGAAGCAAAGCAAGAGGGUGACGAAGAGUCCAAUUUCUUUGACAUUGGGCAAGUGCAGGGAAGCGAAGAGGAGUCUUCUCAUCUACAGAAAGAUGACCAAGUGGCUAUCUGUGAAAUAUUCUUACAGAGCCUUGAGACAGAGUUGAUUCCUGGAAGUCCUCCAGUACCAGAAGUUCACUGGGAAAACCAUCCUGUGGAAGUGAACAAGCAUGAGGAAGGACCUGAUUUACAUAGCAAUAGCUUUUCAAAGGAAAUAAUCCACUUCAAUGUCAAUAAGGAACAAAUUAAUGACAAGAACUUCAAAGACCUGAACAGCCAGGUUGAGGAAGCGAUUGAAAAACCAUAUAAGUGUUUCUACUGUGGUAAGACCUCCACAUGUAAGACCAACUUUGUGGCCCACGAGAGAACCCACACCGGAGAGAAGCCGUACACAUGCUUGGACUGUGGCAAGUGUUUCAACCGGAAGUCAACUCUUGUGAGGCACAAAAGGAUCCACACCGGUGAAAAGCCAUACUGGUGUGCCGAAUGCGGGAGCCGUUUCACCGCCCGGUGCAACCUAAUCAAUCACGAGAGGAUCCAUACAGGUGAAAAGCCAUACAGCUGCUCCGACUGUGGGCAGAGCUUCAGUCGGCGGCUACAGUUUGUCAUACACAGGAGAACCCAUACAGGAGAGACGCCGUAUAAGUGCACCCAGUGUGGAAAAUGCUUCACUCGGCGCUCUUCCCUCUUGAUACACGAGAGAAUCCACACAAACAAGCCAAACACGUGUACAGACUGUGGGAAAAGCUUUAGUCAGAAAAGAAAGCUUCUUAAACACAGGAAGAUCCAUACAGCAGAGAGACCGUAUAAAUGUCCAUCGUGUGAUAAAAGAUUUCUAAAACGUUGUGAUUUGCGCAGACAUGGCAAGAAACACAUAGUUGUUGUAGCCCAGCCUGUUCCUGAGCUAUCAGAGGAGCUUGAGGUUGGGGCUAUUCAGCUUGUGAUUGUCCCUGAUCUUGACUUUGUGAUGGUUCCUGCACCUGCCUCUGCGUCUGGGCCUGAGACUCCUAUGCAGGUAGAGUUGGAGGAAACUCCUGUCCCAGGCCAGCCAGAAUGGCAGCUUGAACCUCAUUCCUUGAAGGAGUCAAGGUUGGGUUUGCCUUUGCCAGAUGGGCAUUCUAGUGUGGAUUCUAGUGGUGAUAAAGCUGAUGAGCUGCUUGACAGAAAGAAAGCGAUUGAUCAGCAGAGAAGAGAACGGGAGGGUUUUCGGCGCAGCCAGAGACUGUUACUGAGAAAGAAUAACGAGCAGACUUCCCACGGAAAGAGGCCUUGAAUUUACCCUUAAGAGGAACUGUGUUCUGUAAGAAAUUCAGAGAUGGUAAAUUUGCUCAUCAAGGUGGAGAUGCCUGCUUAUGCUCCAUGUUCCUGUAAACUUCCAUGGAAAUUCAUGCCGCCUGGUGCCUUGAGUCUUCUUUUAAUCUUGUCCUUGUUUUUUGGGAUUUUUGGAUAUCUAGUUCGUGUUCCAGCAGUUUGCAGUUUGGAUUACUACUCCAGUCAAGAUCCUGCCUUGUGUUCUAGCAUUUAUCCUGUUAUGUUGUCAAAGGCUUUCAUGGCCGGAAUCACAGGGUUGUUGUGCGUUUUCCGGGCUGUAUGGCCAUGUUCCAGAAGUAUUCUCUCCAGGAGUAUACCUCACAACCUCUGAGGAUGCCUGCCAUAGGUGUGGGCGAAACAUCAGGAGAGAAUACUUCUGGAACAUGGCCAUACAGCCCAGAAAACACACAACCACCAUUAUCCUGUUCCUUAGACUAAUCUUUCCUGCAUUCCAGUUUGAUCCUGUGCCUUGGAUUAAUUUUGAUACCUUGUUUGAACUAAUUUUGAUAUCCUGUUUGGACCUUGAUCUUCUGUGUGACCUUUAUAGACUCUUGCUUCGAGAUUCUCAACUGUUUUGUACCUUGUAGAUUUAAACCUUAUUUCAUUGACUUUUGGCUUUGAAUUACCUUUACUUGCAUAUAAUUUUUAAUAAACAGAUUACUUUGCUUAUA